CGGUUGGGUUCGGUUGGGUUCAUCAUCAGGCGUAUUUUGGUUUUCCAUCUUGAUUUUAAUGUAUUUGGUGCUUUAAAAAAAUAAUACCUAGUGCUUCCCCUAAGUGUAUAUUUGACGAUUGGAUUAAGAAGAGCUAAAGAAUGAAUGAACACUAGAAAACAAGUUAUAUUUUUUAAAGCUUUUAAAAAAGACUCAAGGUAAAACAGUUUUCUAAAAGUACGCGUAGUAUAUAAAUGCUAAAUUGCUUUAAAUGUUAUAAUUUUAGUGUUUAUUUCUUUAUUUUUCUUUUUUUAUUUUUUAUUCUCCCAAUGAUGGAUGGAUUUUUCUAAGAGGCAAACUUAAGAAAAUUGUUGCUUCGAGUUGUUAAAUUACAAACAAAAAAUGCGUUUAAUGGUUUAAUUUGAAAACAGAAAAAUCAAGGACUAAAAAAUCAUCCUCGAAUAUGAUAAUAGGAAAAUAUCUAAAGGAUAAAAACCGGUGAUCUCACGUACUUUUUUCUGGAAAAACGAUCAAAACACAAAAACAAUGGGUUUCUCAAAACACACGUUUACGUUGCUGGUGAUUUUAUUGGACCCUUCCAGUAUUUUUGUGUGUGCUCAAAAUAAAGGAAAUGACGUAGAGCCCGUGUUUUUGUCCGAGAUGUCAAAUAUAACUGUUCCACAAGGACGUGAUGUGUCAUUUAUCUGCAUAGUUAACAAUUUAGGACAAUAUCGGGUUGCGUGGAUUAAAUCGGAUUCAAAAGCAAUACUUGGAAUACAUACACACAUGGUAUCCUUGAAUCCAAGAUUAUCAGUAACGCAUAAUGGACACAACACAUGGAAACUACUUAUAGCUCACGUUCAGUUAAAUGAUUCUGGCAGUUAUAUGUGUCAGUUAAAUACAGAUCCUAUGAAAAGUCUGUCUGCCUACCUUGAAGUUGUAGUCCCUCCUGAUAUUCUAAAUCAACCUGGACCAACCGAAGCUUUUUUAGGGAUCAGCAAUGAAGGGGGAACAAUACAAUUACAUUGUAAUGCAACAGGAGUACCAGAACCGACAGUUUUAUGGAGGCGUGAAGGAGGAAAAAAUAUAAUUUUACGAACGGAAAAUAAGGAUAAACGUGUUUUGAAGUCAGUAGAAGGCGCAAGAUUAGCGCUCACCAACGUACAGCGAACAGAUAUGGGAGGUUAUCUAUGCAUCGCUUCAAAUGGAGUUCCUCCAUCUGUCAGCAAAAGAUUUGAUGUCUAUGUGCAUUUUCCACCUUCAAUAAAAACAUUAAAUCAGUUAGUUGCAGCACCAGUUGGUAGCCAAGUGACCUUGGAAUGUUUUGUUGAAGUAUUUCCAAAGCCCUUGAAUGGAUGGUACAGGGAUCAAGAGCUACUUAAAAACAGUGAUGGUCUUAAAUACAACGUCUCCGAAGUGAUGAUAAAUCAAUAUACAUGGCAAAUGAACUUGACGAUUUACCAAUUGACUAAAGCAGAUUUCGGGCCUUAUAUUUGUUCAAGCGUGAAUGCCCUUGGAAAACAUGAAGCUCGAAUAAGAUUUCAAGAACUUAGGUUACCAAAACCAAAAACCACAACUGUAACGAAAGUAAGCUCCACAAUAAAAUCAAUAAGGAAGCAGACAUUGAGCUACAACAAAGAAAUAAAUGAAGUUUUUCGGCCCAAACAAGUCAUUGUGAUCAAUCAUAUGCUAGAAAAUGGCACUGACGCAACUGUGAACAAUGAUGGACCAAUAUCUCAAAUAUCAACUGUGUACGAGCAUGACAGUACGCGCAACACACAUUCUUCAGCUGUAGUUCCAUCAUCUCGAUCACCAAGAUUGCUAACCAAUGGAGCUAAAACUCAACUUGGCGGAAUUUUUUCAACAAGCUAUGGACAUUUUUAUUUUGUAUGCAUAUUUCUAAUUCUGUUAUUUGAGUGAUGGGAUAGUUGCUCGUGAUUGCGGCUUCCAUCUUCUAUUGUAUUAAAUAAGUACGAGUAUAUUGCAAUAUGUUAGAGGAAAGAGUAAAUCUUAAUUCCAUUCUUAAGAUUUUGUUAAAUUUUCAAAUCUAGUUCAUUUUAAAAAACAACAAAACAAAAAAUUGCUGAUAGUUUUGGUAUUCCAUAUUUUUAAGUUUUACUGUUACUCAAUAAUUAAUAACUAUAACCCCGAAAGUAUUUCUAACAACUUAAUUUAUCCACCUUACGAAUUAAUAAGGAAUGUGUAAUAGCAAUGGACAAAGAUCUUUUAACAAGAAUUUAAAACGUUAUAACAUUUAAAUAUUUCUGUAAUUUUAAAAAUAGAUAUGUAUAAAUCGAUUUAUUUAUUAAAUAAUUAUUUAUAAAAUUUAUAAUAUAAUAAUUAUAUUUUUAAUUUCUUGCAAUUUUAAAAUGACUACAACUAAAA